AUGAUUGGGACUAAUAGACUACGUUUCAUAUCAAUGAAUCAGUCUAAACUUCGUUGCGAAAAUUAUGACAAGAUAAAGAAAACUGUUGAUGAAGGUGACACUGAUCUUUCUGACAAGGGUAAACGUAUUAUUAUACCUUCUUCUUAUACUGGUGGUACAAGGUAUAUGGUGCAGCAUUAUCUAGAUGCGAUGACUACUUGCCAGCAUUUUGGUUUUCCGGAUCUUUUCAUAACCUUUACGUGUAAUCCCAAAUGGCCUGAGAUUACCAGGCCCCUAAAAAGGCAUAACUUGAAGCAAGAGGAUAAGCCAGAUAUAUGUACGCGAGUGUUCAAGAUGAAACUAGAUGAUCUGAUGCACAGACUCACCAAAGAAAAUGUGUUAGGUGUCGUAAAAGCCGAGGCUGGUCACAAGCUACCAACUGGUGAUGACAUUGAUAAGAUAAUAUGUGCUGAGAUUCCUGACAAAGAUAUUGAUCCAGCGCUGUAUGAGAUAGUAGGAGAUGUCAUGAUGCAUGGACCAUGUGGUGCUUUGAAUAAGGAUAGUGAGUAUUUUCCAAAACCUUACAGUCCGAUCACUAAAAUAGAUGAUGUUGGAUAUCCUAUAUACAUGCGACGUAAUGACAAGAAAGUUAUCGUUAAAAAGGGUAUUGAAUGUGAUAAUGGAUUUGUGGUUCCUUAUAAUAGGAGCCUCACACUGCUUUAUAGGGUUCAUAUCAACGUCGAAUGGUAUGUAGCACCUUCGGAAUCCACGUGGAGAAUUUUCGGUAAUCACACUCACCAUCGCACCGGUUCUGUAGUUAAACUACCCUUUCAUUUACCGAACCAGCAAAUGGUCAUAUACAACGAGGAUGAUCCAGGUGAUGAGGUUAUUAAUCGUGUCUCAGUUGGUACGUCAAAAUUCAUUGCUUGGAUGGAGUGCAACGAUAAGUAUGAACUGGCGAGGACGUUAACUUAUGCGCAACUUCCUACGAGAUUUGUGUGGAAUAACCCAAACAGGAUAUGGACGCCACAAUCAAGGAGAGUUGCUCUUGGUAGAAUCACGUAUGUACCCAUUGGGGCAGGUGAAGCGUAUUAUUUAAGGCUUCUGCUUAAUUUAGUCAAAGGACCUCGUAGUUUUGACGAUAUAAAAACGGUCAACAAAGUGCUACAUUCUUUGUUCAAAGACGCUUGCUAUGCGUAUGGAUUAUUGAAUGAUGACAAAGAAUAUAUUGAGGCCAUCAAUGAGGGCGGAUUGUGGCUUUCUGCCAAUUAUCUCCGUCGUCUUUUUGUGAUCCUGCUCACUACUCAAAGUAUAUCCAUUCCUUCUAGAGUUUGGGAUGCUACAUGGCAGGUAUUAUCAGAUGACAUCAUAUAUAAUUACAGAAAGGCUGCCAGGGAUCAAACUGUUAGUCUAUCUCAGGAGCAAGUUAAAGACUUUACUCUGGUCGAAAUAGAACUUCUUUUACGUAUAUUACUCUGGAGUCACGUGAUAAUCCUUUUAUUCGGGAUUAGAGGAAUUACAAUCGCGAAACUAGUAAGAAACGAGCAGAUGUUAGCCACUGUAACCAGCGAACAGAGAAGUGUUUAUGAUGAGAUACUAGAAGCAGUAAAUAAGAACAAAGGAGGAUCUGCUCUACGUUCCCAAGGUGAUGUUGUUCUUAAGGUUGCAUCGAGCGGGAUUGCUGCGUUGUUAUUAGAAGGAGGUCGAACUGCGCAUUCAAGAUUUGCAAUCCCUAUUGUGGUUAAUAAGUUUACCUUCUGUUCAAUCAAGAAGGAGUCGAAUCUUGCCGACCUGAUAAGGAUUGCUAAACUCAUUAUUUGGGCGAGGCAUUGA